GGGAUGGCAAAGAGUAGAAAUUUUGUGUUCGUUCUUGUGUGGCUUUCACUGCUGAUAAGUGCCGGUAUACACCUGUUCUCGAAGGGAUUUCUGCUAACCCGCGUGGCCCAGACUAAUGUGAGCAGUUGCAUCAAUUACGACCAGUACCGGUGCGAAAGUGAUGGCAAAAAUGGUUCCACUCAGAAGAGUGAAUGUAGCGGAGCGGAGAAGGUGUCCUCCAUCCUGCGGGAUGUUGACAUUGCUGCCGGUAUCUGCUUUCCACCGAAAGCAUGUGUUAUUCUGCUCGUAAUCGACGCACUACGGUACGAUUUUGGACUGUUCAAUCCGGAAAACACGCACCCGGAACCGUACGAAAACAAUCUUCCAAUACUGUCGGAGCUGUUGCGUAAGCAUCCGGAUCAUAGUAGGCGCUUAAAGUUUGUGGCCGAUCCACCAACCACAACCUUGCAACGCUUGAAAGGCAUAACGACCGGCAGUUUGCCCACAUUUAUCGACAUUGGAUCGAACUUUGCCUCGCCCGAGAUUAAUGAGGACAAUCUGAUCGAUCAGUUGGUACGGGCAAACCGGACUACGGUGUUCCUUGGCGAUAGUACCUGGACGGAACUGUUCCCGAACCGGUUCACCCGCGAGUAUCCUCUUCCGAGCUUCAACAUUUACGACCUCGAUACGGUGGACAGUGCGAUAGAAAAGCAACUUCCCCGUGAGAUGGGACGAACCGAUUGGGAUCUAAUAGUUGCGCACUUUCUCGGUGUGGAUCACUGCGGACACCGAUAUGGUCCGUCGCACGAUGAGAUGCGCCGGAAGCUACGGGAAAUGAAUGACGUUAUCCGGAACGUGUCCGAGCGCAUGGCGGAUGGCACGACGCUACUCGUGAUCGGUGAUCAUGGGAUGACGAAAACCGGUGAUCAUGGCGGCGAAACGCAAGAUGAGGUAGAAUCCUUACUGUUUGUGUACUCCAAAGGAAGCCCACUGCUAACACGAGCGUACGAUAGGCAUGCCGAUACGAUGCAACAGAUCGAUCUGGUACCAACGCUUGCUACCAUGCUGGGAGUUCCCGUUCCAUAUUCCAACCUCGGACAGAUCAUGUUUCAGCUGCUACCCGACACACGAGUCGAUACGUUCCUUCGCUAUCAGCUAGCACUCGUACACUUGUGGCAAAAUGCACGUCAGGUUCAAAACUACUUCCAGCAGUACGGAGAACCUCGCAUCACCGAUUCUUCAACGGAUCCGGAACAAGAGCCCGAACUAGACGAUGAAGAGGAAAACAUGUUCCUCAUGCUAACACAGCGCGUCAACAGCGUUUACACCGAGGCGGCCUUUCAAAGUUUCUCCGGCGAUUUGCGCCACUAUCUGAAGGGAAUACUCGAAGGCUACCGGCGUGUUUGGGUCAAGUUUGAUCCACAACUAAUUUCGCACGGUCUACUCAUCACCUUUCUCGGUUGCUUUGCGAUGGCAAUUCUCAUCGUCAACUCAUCCCCCCAUCAGCUGUCUGCCAUGUUUACGGAAGGUACCAUCUCGUACGCAUUUUUGCUGGUUUUCUUAGCCUCCCAGACGGGAUACGUUUUCCAUGAGCUUUUUGGACUUAGUUCCGCACAGCACGGUGUGAUCCUGUUCGGGUCCGUUGCAAGUGUUGGUCUGCUGGCAUUACUAGCGGUACGCCAUUGGGUGUCCAUUAGCGAGAAUAUGGCGGGCUGGAAACGAUCCGCCAACCUACUCACACGUGCUUCGUUUGUCUUCACCACGUGCGUGUUUUUUGCGAAUAGUUUCAUCGUGCAAGAGCAGAAGAUUUUGUCGUACGUGCUGAUGGGAUUCUUCUUGACGACACUCUACAAACUGCACCGUUUGGGUGGUCGAUUCGCAUUCCCCCGUAUGCGAUUGAUAGCCUUGCGGAAGUCUACUCUAGCGAAGCUUGUCGCGCUGACACUGUUUGCGCUGGUACUGAUACGGGUUUCCGGUGGCUAUUUCCGGUGCCGUGAGGAACAAGCAAACUGUACGGAUCAUCUGGUAAAGGCACCGACGGCAACCUCACCCACGGAAGGACAGCGUAGAAGAGGAACCGAUUCGGAAAUUGACGUUGUGCCGUGUGUGGCCCUCGUGCUGUACAUUGUCUGCGCCCGGUUGUACCUGAGAGCGUGUGGAAAUCUUACCGGCACGAGUGUGAACGUCCUUCUGGCACGGUAUGGUCCAACCGUAGCGGUGGUUUGCACCUGUGCACACUUUACCGUAUCGAAAUCGAGCGUCCAGAGUGGAAUCCCGCAGUUGCACGUUGAUGCACUGGCGUGGGUCGUUUACGGACUGUUGGUGGUACAGAUCGGAGUAAUAAUCGCGACGCCACUGCUUCUGUACGUACUUCCCAAGCGGACCGAUGUGCUGAACGUUCUGUACGGUGAACGAGGCAACGUAGCGCCUGAGAUUUACCGCCAGCUGAAGGAGAACUAUCGAGGACGAUCGACCGAUGAUAGUGUGUCCUCCGACAUCCCAAUCGUAUGCGGGCUGGGUACAGUUUAUUCGUCCGUUUUUAUCUCCACCGGUACACUCCUGACCGUUACACUGGCCCUGCUGCUCGGAUCUCACGGCACGAUGGGAUUGAUAAUUGUUAAUAGUGUCGCUGUGGCGUACGGCAUAAUUGCCGCCAUUUUGCAGUACGAACAAUCAUCCACCAGUCUAACGGCCUGCAUACAACCAUCCUUCCCAACGCUUCUUACGUGGGUUAUUCUGCAACAGUAUGGAUUUUUUGCAACCGCACAUCAACCCACACUAUCGCAGAUCGAUUGGAAUGCGGCAUUCGUUGGGCGGACGUAUCAUUUCGAUGGCAGUAACAUUCUUUCCGGAACACUUGUGCUUCUCAACACAUUUUCCGUUACGUUUCUUCUGUCGGUACUGUUCCCACUGCUUGUUUUUGUUCCCUUCUGUGUGUACACCAUGUGGCCAACGUUGGCUCAACGGCCCACCAUCACACCAAAGACACCGAUUGGAGGAGGUUCAGCAACUUCCUCCCAAUCAGUACGAGCAGGAGGAGCAACAGCGAAAGGAACGGAUUCCAGCAGCAACAACACGAUGCGUAAAAUAACUUCCGAAGGAGGAAGCGUCGAGUAUCGUAGCGUCACCGUGAAUAAGGCGGAAGAAUCGAGCGAAGGAACGGUGGCCGAUUUCGACAUCACCAAGGGUGAGCUGAAUCUGUACGAAAAUGAGAAGCUGUUUCUUGGUACCGUGUUCAAAACGGCUUGCCAGUUGAUUCUGCUGCAAUCUCUAAGGAUAUUCUGUGCCAUGUUUGCCUGUACGCUCCACUGCCGACAUCUGAUGGUGUGGAAGAUUUUUGCCCCGCGAUUCAUCUACGAAGGUAUCGCCAGUUAUGUCAUGUUCGUUGGUGUAAUACUUGGCUUUCUGUUGCUGUUACGCGUUCAUCGGUCAGUUGGUGUACUGAUAACAGCCAUCAAUAAGCGCCGAUAG